CCCCCACUUAAUUUGAUUGGCAUAAAAUGCACAUAAUCGGGCAGUAUCCUUACAGGUUAUGUUUGAUUGCCCUGGAAGUUAAAAAUCAAUGCCCCGAGUCUAUACGGUACGUCUUGCUCUACUGUCAAUGCAAGUUUGCUUUACCUCGGUGUUGUCAUGAGAGGCAACGAGCUUCCAGGGAAGCAGGGUGUAUUCAAAACGGACUGAAGGGGAAACUCAAAUCAGCAAAGAUGAAGCAAAGUGUAAAUGUGGCAGAUAACUAAGGAAUAAAACGGAAACCGGAGAGAGCCGCGUUGGCA